UAUGGAUUGUUUACUAAGGAGAUCAUCACCAUCACCACCUCCUCCUCUUCCCCUAAAACAGAUCUUGCAGAGAAAAAAGAUCACCCUAACUCCUUGAAAAAGUUUAUCUUCUAAGAACAUAAUUAGACUGUUCUCUCCAAAUUCAAAAGGAGACACAUCGCUGCAGAUGAUUCAUUAAACUUAAGAAAAAACUUGCGUAUAUAAUCCGUGAAGUCAGUUGGUAAUUUCAGUAAUGUACGGUGGAAGAAGGGUAUCACUGCAUGAGAUCAAAAUGGUUAAAGUGUCCAUGGAAAGGGAGGAUAACGACUCCAAAAACAACCGUUAUAAAGAAUGUUAUUAUGCUGGAGGCUCUAGUGAAUAUAUCAGUUGCCUCAAUCCUGAUAAGAAACCACUUCAUGAUGUGAUGGGUUUCAAAAGAGAGUUAAAUGGUAUCAUCAUGGACAUUGCACUUCAAUGGUACGUAGAUGGAUAUUCAGACACAAUGCUAGGAUAUGCUAAUGGCAUCCGCACCAACGAUGGUGGAACACAUAUAGAUGGUGCGAAAGCUUCGAUAACAAGAACUCUUAACAACUUUGCGAAACAGUCCAAGGUGUUCAAGGACGAGGAUGUUACUUUCAGUGGGGAGCAUGUUAGGGAAGGACUGACUUGUGUUGUCUCAGUUAUUGUUCCAAAUCCUGAGUUUGAAGGUCGAACACAGACGAGAUUAGGGAAUCCAUAUAUCAGAGAAAUUGUUGACCAAUCAGUUCAGAUGUACUUAACGGAGUAUUUUGAAUUGCAUCCAGAUGUGCUUGAGAGCAUUCUCUCCAAAUCUUUGAACGCUUACAAGACUGCAUUGGCUCUCAAGAGGGUAAGAGAAGUGAUUAGAUCAAAUAGUGUAUCAACGCCAUGCACCAUUUCUGAGAAACUAACCAACUGCUCUUCUGAAAAACCUGAGAUUUUAGUAGGCAGAGGAGUUAUUUCUGGUGGCGCUGCAAAACAUGGUUGUGACUCUCUUGAUAAGCGUUUCCAAAGCAAAAGGAUGCGGGAACAGCCUCGACGUAAUAGUGCAGUCUCUACAGCUCAUGGAAAGUCUUUAGAGAAUACUAGUGAUUCAAGCUCUGACAAGAAGCGCCAAAAAACGGCUGCUGCUUCAAACCCACGAAACAGUAAAGAUGUUAGCGUCAAGAGUGACAAAGGUGGAUCCCCUGGUUCAGACAAAAUCAAACAUAUCCCAAUAGGUCAUGUUUUCCAGGCUGAGAUACCAGUUUGGAUUGCGCCAACCAAGAAGGGCAAGUUCUACGGCAGCCCCGGAGAUUCCGACACACUUAGGUGGCUAGGAACUGGUGUCUGGCCAACGUACAGCCUCAAGAAGAAAGCUCACUACAAAAAAGUCGGCGAAGGAAGAAAGGACACGUGUUCUUGCGCUUCUCCAGGAUCAACCAGUUGCAUAAAACAGCACAUUAGAGAAGAAAGGGAGCUUCUAGAGAAAGAUAUAGGGCGUGCUUUCUAUACUUGGGAGUUUGAUCAAAUGGGUGAAGAAGUGGGAUCAAAGUCAUGGACUGCCAAAGAAGAGCAAAAGUUCAAAGCUCUUGUGAAGAAUAAUCCUUUGUCAAGUUGUGAUGGGUUUUGGAAGAUUGCUUCCAAGUCUUUCCCAAGGAAAAGUGAGAAGGAUCUCACUAGUUACUACUACAAUGUUUUCCUCAUCAGACGUAUGAGAUUGCUUGCUAAGUCUUCUUCUGCUGACCACAUCGAUAGUGAUGAUGACCAAAAUGAGCACUUCUUAGGUGGAUGAACAUGUUCCUUAUCUAGUAAGCUCUUUGGUCAUAGGAUCCUUAUAGGGCAAAAGCAUCAAUCCAAAUGUGUUGUUUUGUUUUUUCAAAAACUAAUACAUCUUUGUUUUCUUCUUCAUGAACCUUUGAGAGUUUGAAAUAUUUUAAAUUUGGAUUUUCUGAGUUAGGGCUUUAAAAGUCUAGGAUUAUCCUUUUAAUUCUUCUCCUUUCUAAUUUGUAUUACCUUUUUUCAUUGCAAAAACUUAACAUCCUUGUUGACCUACCUAGGCCUAUGUUGCACUGAGACGGAUACGUGGACAGAAAUGGAUGAAAAACAAGAAAAACUAAAAAUUUAUAGAUGCAAAUAUAAGACAAAAUAGAAAAGAUUGUGAAAAAUUGUACAUAAUUUACCAAUCAAGCAAUAAUUAUUAAGUGGAAUCCUGUGUGAAUCAGCAAGGACCCGAAACAUAACUUAUAACUUUCAUCGUACUAUUCUCUCCAAAGAGCAACUCUUCUCAUUGGAUAGAUGUAUGUUAUACUUGAAAAUUUCACAUAGCUUUUCUGAGUAUUUUAAGGCUUUAAAAGUCUAGGAUUAUCCUUUUAAUUCUUCUUCUUUUUAAUUUAUAUUAUCUUUUUUCAUUGCAAAAACUUGAGAAUCCAGCCCAACAUCCUUGUUGACCUACCUAGGCCCAUGUUGCACUGAGACGGAUACGGGAACAAAAACGGAUAAAAAACAAGAAAAACCAAAAAUUUAUAGAUACGAAUAUAACACAAAAUAGAAAAGAUUGUUGUAAAAAAUUGUACAUCAUUUACCAAUCAAGCAAUAACUAUUAAGUGGUAUCUCGUGUGAAUCAGCAAGGACCUAGAACACAACUUAAAACUUUCAUCGUACUGUACUACUAUGCUCUCCAAAGAGCAACUCUUCACAUUGGAUAGAUGUAUGUUAUACUUGAAAAUGGCACAUAGCUUUUACCAAACUAAAUUUAUUUUGUCACCAAAAUAAAUUAAAGUUGUAUUAACCAGUCUUUGUCCUGGCUUCAACGGAGAAUAUAACUCUUGCUGACUGAUUUCAAUAAGGUUAGCGGCAUUGCACACCAGCCGAAACUGAAUGAGACAGAACCUCUUCUUCAAGACGACAACGAAUUUUAUCCAUCUCCAAGAUAUGAUUAUCGUUUUUUUGAGAACAUAACUAGACAGACUAGCUAUCUAGUUCUCGAGGAACGACUUCCAACGAGUAAGCCAACAGCUGCCUAGACCACUAUUUGCAACUUUGUACAUACAAUAUGCAGACCUAACUGGAAAUUUCUAGAACAAAGCAAUGGAACUAUAGAUAUACAAACUUAACCAAGUUUAAUAAAGCGUUUGAUUAGUUUUCAAAGAUAUCACACAUGAGUACAAUCAUAAAGAAACUACACUGUUUUCAAACAUGAAAAUAGUCACUGUAAAUUGUCACGUUGAAACCUUCAAAACCUCCAUCCUCAUCGAAACGUGUCUUGUUGUACCUUCCAGUCCUAAAUGAACCAUUACACAAAGUGACAAACAGUAUGGAAAAUCACAAUGCUUUUCGGAUUUGAAACUAACAGAAGAGUACCUCUUAUGAAGAGGGAUUUUGAUGGGGAGAAUCUCUUCGAGGGAGGUGGAAGAGACAGACAUCUCUAAUUGCAUAAAUCUUGAAUCUAUUGACUUCCGGUGUAGGGGUAGGUGUUCGAAUACAUUUUUGGGUUUGAAUUGGCUAUUUUGGUAUUUGGGUAUAGAACCUAUUCGGAUAUUUUUAUACUUUAGAUUGGGUUCAUCUAUUUGUACUUAAAAAACAAUAAAUCUGAAUUAAAUAAUAAUGUGUAUGUUGUAAGGCACAACAAUAUAGUAUUAAUCAAACAACAAGAAAAUAGGUUGUUAACCAAAGAGCAUCAAGUACUCAUAUACUUCACCAAAGCAACCUUCGAAAAAGAUUGUAUCUUCCAAUAGAAUCGAAAGGUGUGGAGAAAUUAAAGAAGAAACCAUUAAAUCCAUGGCGGAAGUGGGAUUAGGUCUAGCGUGAACUAUGAAAAAUAAAUGAAUGAGUAUAAAUUAUUAUGGAUUUAUCAUUACUAUAUAUACAUUCAGAUAUUUCGGAUAUCCAUUCGGGCAUUAAGUACUACUCGAUCGGGAUCGAAUAUUCAAUCUCCUCUAACUCAAUAUAUGUUCAGAUAUUUUUAUAGAUCGAAUAAGGUUUGAGUUCAGGUUUUUCUGAUCGGAUUCGGUUCUAGGUAUAAGAUAAAAUUCAGACCUACACUAUACUAAACAAUCUAUUUGAUCUAUAAAAAUAUCCGAACAUGUAUUGAGUUAGAAAUGUAUUGAGUUAGAAGAGAUUGGAUACCUGAUUGCGAUCAGUUAAUACCCAAAAUAUCCGAACAUGUAUUAAGAAGCUAAGAGAGGAUUCUGGGGAGCUAUGAUAAAUCAACAAAUCCUUUUGGCCGAUGCUGACAAUUUCCUGAACUCUAGCAAAAGGGUAGAACGUCAAGGUGAGCGCUCAAAGAUUUGUUAAUCGUUACAAACAAGAAGAUUUAUGUCGAACUUGUGGUCUCUCUUAAUUGUUUUUCCUUAUUUCAAUAUAAUUUGUUUAGAUUAUUUGUGGCUUAUCUCAGAUAUUAUACGAAGAGCGGAAGUAUUCUCAUAAAAAUUAAAGAAUUAGAGACUACCAGAAAGCUUUGCAGGAAAAGAAAAGAGUGAUAGUAACAUAAGGUGAUUUAUUUCUGAAGAUAUUGGGGGACAUGUCUGAAGGCUCCAGUUACAAAAACUUGGUCAAAGUACAGAGAUAGCAGCUAAUGUUUGAGUUUGGUGAAUACUAACAUUAUUUAAUGUGGAGAAUUUUGGUUUUAGUAGUAGUAUUGUAUAAUUAAUUUGCACUUAUGUGGCCUAGUCUGUAAAGCUUGUAUGAUAUUGAAUUUCUUUGUAUAGAGUAAGCAUGAAUCUAGUAUCAAUUCAGAA